AUGGACGCGUAUCAGUCACUUAGCAACCGGGUCGCUUCGAUGGAGGAUCUCCUCCGCAGGAGCGAGUCGGCCCUUGCGAUGGCCCUGCAGCGCAUUAAAACGAUGGAGGAGUACAUCUCGGCUAGUGAGGCGCGGCAGCGCGGCGAGGGUGCCGUGCGGAGCGACGCGAUGGCGUCACGGCUGGAGCGGGUGGCCGAGACGAACAACUCCAAGAUGGAGUCGCUGCAGGAAGUCGUGCAGCGGCAGGCCAACGCCGCGCAGGUUGCAGAUGAGCGGCUGCAGGCCGCUCUCAAGGUCAUGGAGCAAAGAUUUAGUAGCGACAUCGCUGGUUGUUACCAGCGGAUGCAGGCAUCAGAGGCGUCGUUGAUGGGCGCGGUGCGGAAUGUGGAGGGUGUGGUGCAGUCGCAGUCCUCAACACUGAAAUCGUUAGAGCAGAUCAUGCGGGGUGACAUGCACUCCAUGCAGCAGAAAUUCAGUGGCGAGCUUGGGGAUGUGCGUCAACACGCUGAUGCAUUGGAUAGAGAGUGCCGCAACGCUUUGGUGGAGCUGCACAGGUCAAUCUCAGGGGAUGUAAAGAGCCUCUCUGAUAACCUGCUUGGAAGGUUGCAGUCGUCCGCGCAGACAACCAACGCGGCGUUAGCUGGACUAGAGCAAAAGAUAUCGACUGAUAUGAGGUCACUACAGGAGUACGUUGCGCGCGAAAUUUCGGCGGACCGACAGAAGAUGAAUGCGCAGGAAGGCAGCACGAGGGAUGCGCUUCAGGCGCUGCAUGGCACCUUAGCCGGUGACAUUGCCAACUUGUCAUCGCGCUUCCAGGCGUGGGAGACGAGUGAGCAGGUGGCGCACCAGCAGCUGCUCUCUGAAUUGUCCUCGCAACGACAGCAGAUGGAGACGGUCGACUCAAACUGGCGAGUGAGUCUUGCUGACAUCAACGGAAAGGUGCAGGAGGGAUGGCAAAGUCUUCGUGCUCAGCAAGGGGCCGCGGAGAUCGCAACGCAGCAGGCACUCUCGCAAACGAGGGCGCGUGUCGAUGAGCUGGCUUCGGAAUUCCGCUGCGUCGCAGAAAGCUUCUCCCAACCAAUACAGAGUAAGUUUAGCCUCCUGGAAACUCUGCGCGAAGAUAUGAGCCAUUACAAGAGGUUGCUGGCAUCCACGCAGGAGGAGCACCGGCGACUGCGUGACGAUCUCAACAACUUCUCUCUGAUGGCUGACCGUAGCGCGGUGCAGCUGCGAUCGAUCAUGGAGGCCGCCGUGCGGGCGUCGCACAGCGACAUGCUGGAGCGGAUGAAGCCUCUCACAAGCUACAGGGCUGAGAUGAACGCCGCCAUAACGGCUGCUCUUAGCAAGAUGUGGAAUGAGAUUGCCAGUAACUUCACGUCGCAGCGAGACAUCGUGGCGCUGCAGAACCAAAUCCAGGUGCUUGACCACGCAGUGCGCAACGAAGUUUCGCUGCUGGUAGAAAGGGGGCGCGCGCUCGAGCGCCGAGCAGGUGAGCCAAAGGCUGAUGGAAUCCUAGUCAAGGGCCCUCAGAUCGACUCGGAAAGUGGCGCCGUGAUGCAGUUGCCUAUUCUUGACGAGCUGAACAGUCUCUGGGUCGAGCUCCGCAGCAUUCAAAAGCGGGCUGGCAUGCCGAGGGAGGAGGUCUUGAGUGUUAUUGGCGACACACGCAAGCAGAUUCUCGAGGUCGCCUUGGAUGCAACGAAAAAGAGUGAGGAUGAGUUCCGCGCUCUCCUGGCACGUAUUUUGGCCAGCGUACACGAGAUAAUGCCGAAGGUCAAUAAGAAAGGAACCGGAAACAGCAACGGUACGGGGAAGAGGACCGUUAUCCGUGUGAUGCCGCGGAAUGGCACAUCUAGCAUGGGCUCAAGGCAGUUGCAACCACUUGUGGGAAAUGGAAAGAUGCCGUCGCGUCCGUCCACGCAAGAUGAGAAGCAGCAAUUUUCGUCUGCGUUACCUCUUGUGGUGGUGCAGAGGGGUGGACAAAAUGGCGCACGUGAUGCACAGGUAGUGACGGUGAGGCCGUUGUCGAGAGGCGCGUGUGCAUCCCCCAGUGCCGUUGAGAGCGCCAAUCGACUCCCGCCGCUCGCACAGGCUGCUCGGUCACCAGCUGCUGGGUCAUCAACUGCUCGGUCACCAGCUGCUGGGUCAUCAACUGCUCGGUCACCAGCUGCUGGGUCCUCAGCUGCUCGGUCACCAUCUGCUGGGUCCUCAGCUUCUCGGUCACCAGCUGCUGCUGCCUCCGUUGCAUCUUCGCAUUCGGCAGCGCCGAAUCAAGGAGUAUAG